CCGCCGCCGCCGCCGCGUAUUACCGUCGGUACGCAUGCGCCCGGGUACGACGACCGCUAUCGGAGUGUGCGUGCGUGUGCGUUCGUUCGUUCGCGUCUACCGCGCGCGUGUGUUCGUGCGCACUCGUGUUCGUUCGUCGCGUGCGUGCGUCUCGCUACGCGUAUAGCUUUUCGCGCGGUGGAAAGUGCGAGCGCCACGUUGCCGCCGCUUCUACACGUUUGAGCUGCCCGGCAACGUUGCAAUGUUGUCACGCCGCUGAACGUCGUCGCGCGUUUCAACAAUAACAAUAUACCUUCGUCGCGGUAUCGUUAAUACCAAAACGCAUUACACGCCGUUGAUAAGAGAGCCAUUGACAGCCAUGAACGAAACAAAUAGGAUACUGUUGAAAAGCCUGAACCCGCAUUUAUUAUGCGUCCUGUGCGCCGGCUACUACGUCGACCCUACAACAAUCGUCGAGUGCCUUCACUCGUUUUGCCGGUCUUGCAUUGUCAAAUACUUGGAGACGAGCCGGUUUUGCCCUAUAUGUGACGUGCAGCUACACAAGACCAAGCCGCUGUUGAGCAUAAGACGGGACAAGAUAUUGGAAAGGCUGGUGUACAAGAUAGUGCCCGGGCUGUACGCCAAGGAAAUGGACCGUAGGGCUUUGCCCCUAAAAGAAUUGUAUUUGUCGCCCGACGACCUCGUCAGUGUCGUGUUGCAGUAUCACGUCGAAGACGCCGGGCCGAAGGCUCUGGUGGACGGCGAAGAGGAAAACCACGAUGCGCCGAACCAAGAUUUAAAGAUCUCACACCGAAAAUUUCUUAAAUGCCCGGCCGCCGUUACUGUGGAACUUCUGAAAAAGUUUAUCGUACUGAAAUAUUUUCUAACUGAUCAACACCAGGUGGAAAUCAUUCAUUCAACAGAAUAUUUACCCGAUCAUUUGUCAUUAAUAGAUAUCGCUUACUGCUUCGAAUGGAAACAGACCUCACCAUUGGAACUAUUUUUCCAAAUCCUAGAAAAAUCUACUAUUGCUGUUCCAGUAGAGGAAAAGGUAGAAUUAGCAGAGGACGUAGAUGUAGAUGAAGAUUGUCAUAGUGUAGCGUCUUCUUCUUUACCAUUCAUGUCGUCCAAAAGCAUUUCCGAUUGCGACGAUGCUUCGAAUACGAGCUUAGAUUCAAAACCUUUGAUGGAAAGACUGGAAUCGGAAAGAAAGGCUUCUCAAAAGCGGAAGAGGAACCGUGUGAUUUCAGAUGACGAACCAGAACCGAAAAAAAGUUUAUUCGAUAGUCUUUUACAAAGUACAACGAAUAGUAACGGUAACGAAGAUAAGGAUUUCCAGGAGUCCGAUGAAGACUUUUCCAAAUACGAACAGGAUAUCGAAGAGAUCAUCGAGGAAGACGACGACGACGAUAUCGGUCGCCUAAGGAUAUCGUCAAACAUGUCCGAAGACGAAGUGAACAACGACGAAACGACUAGCCAGAUGUUCGUCAUCGACGAAGCCAUCGAAGAAGCUGCAGAAGAAGAAGAAGAAGAAGAAGAAAAAUACGAGAAGGUGAUCAAGGAGAAACACUGGAAGUCGGAAGGACGGAACAAAAGAAAGAACAAGAAAGCCAAACACCACCAUCAUCACAAGCGGAGUAGGAUCUCGCAGUCACCUCCGCAGACGGCGACCAUCGUUCACUCUCCCGACAGGGAUAUAAUGAAGCUCAAGGUGAAACUGAACACGUUGCCGGGAUAUCGGCACAAGGACGAUAAACACCACAGACACGGUGCGAAACACUGCAACGGCGGUAGCACAUCCUCGGCUUCGUCGGUGAUGUCGUCGCCGAGCAGGUCGUCGUACAAAGAAGACGACUCCGUGCUGUCGGAACAGUCUUGCGACAGCAUUAUCGCGCCGAAGAAAUCCAGAGAAGAGACCAAAACGCAGGCGGAAGUACAACAGCCGGCCGUCGAUGCGUGCAAGUCCCAGGCGCCCGCUACGUUGCUGUCGCCGCAGACCGUAGCCGACCCUCCUAGGUCCGAGAAGUCGUCGUCCAAGGACACCGUUGCACAGCCACCGAUCCGAGUCGCGCGGCCCAAAUCAAAACCGGCCGUCGAACAGCAGCAGUCAAACGUCGGCGCGGAGUCACAGCAACAUCAGCAGCAGCAGCAGCAGCAGCAACAGCAACAGCAACAGCAACAGCAGCAGCAGCAGCAACAGCAACAGCAGCAACAGCAACAGCAGCAACAGCAACAGCAGCAGCAGCAACAGCAACAACAACAGCAGCAACAGCAAAAGAUGAUCAUUAUGCCCCCGUCGUCGAUCACGGUCAGUAUAAUAACGGCCGAGGAGAAGAUGAAGAUGGAAAAGGACAAAACGCUCAUGCUGACGGGCAAUCGGGACUUCGAAAACAAACGGCCGUCGCUGGAGAUCGUCCGCGUUAACGGGCCGCCCACCUCUCCACCAGCGGCCGCCGUAGCGGCAGACGUGCCGAAGGCCAGUGCCAAGUCCAAAGAACAGCAAUACGAGGAGCGUCCGCGGUCCCCCGGCAGCAGGCCCAAAACCAAGAAACCUGUGCCCGCGGUCAUUCCCAUCAAGUCGGCCAGUAAACCGUCGAUAACGAUCAUACCACAGAACAGAAGUCCCACCGGUAACAACAAUAACAACCAUACGAACAACAACAACAACAACAACAAUAACAAUAUCGGGACGAAGCACGACGAGCCGAAGAAGUCUAGCGUGACGAUAUCGCUAGAAAACGGGUCGCCGCAGAACGACUCGGCAUUGGACCUGUCGGGCAAAUCGUCCAGAAAGGAUUGCGGCGGUGGGCCGCAGCAUUACUCAUCCUCGACAGUCGGUAACAACAACAACAACAACAGCAACCACAACAAGUUGUCACACGCCAACGGUGGUGGUCAGUACGAACCGUCGGCGGUCAUGCGGAACCUGAUGACACUGUCCGACACCGCGGUGCACAUCAGGAACAUGCAGAUGUCGUCGUCACUGUCCUGCAAGGAACAAGAGCCGAAAAAACGGUUCGGCGGCGGUGGCGUGCACCACGCCGGCAUCAACGCGAGCAGCACCGCCGGCGGUAACGGGUCGUGUUCGCCGAAGCGGCACGGCGGUGGGACCGUGCCGUUGCGGAUACCGGUGCCACCGACCUCCGGGACGUUCUCGUGCAAGUCUUCCGCUUCUCCGGCCACCGGCCCGCUGAACAACAAACCCACACAGGCCAAGGUCUCGUCCCGCGGCCCCUCCGCGGCAGACGCCUGCAAGCCCAAGCACGGGCCGCCCAACCAGGGCGUUCGGCACAUCCCCAACCCUUCGGUGCUACUGUUCCGGCACCACCAGCAGCAGCUGGCCCAAUACGCGGCAUCGGUGGCCGCGAGCACCGCGGCGGCCAACAACUGCAGCAGCAACAGCAGCAUCAAAAACAGGACGAGCGCGACCACGCCAGCCCCGGCCGCCACGUCCAGGAUGCCCUCGCAGCACCAGAUGCCGGCCGCCAUACCGCUUCACGCGAUCCGUAAGAUGGAGAACAUGAAGAACAUCGAAAAAGUCGCCGCCGGGCUGUCGGUCAAGGCCAACGCGCUUUACAAGCAAAAUUUCAUGGAAAAUGGACGCGCACGCUUAGAGCUUCCGAGUUGAAGUAGUACAAACGUUCGGAGCAGUUCCACCUACCUGUAGCGAACGAUUAGUUUUAUUUGAUUAUAUUUUAUUUUAUUAGAUUUUUAUUACUGUUUCGUUUUUAUUUUCUGUCAUUAUUGUAAAUAUAAUAUUCACUCGUUCGAGUUGUAUACAAAAAAAAAAAAAAAUAAUAUAUUGUUUAUCUUUUGUGUCGGUAUGGACCGAUAACGAGCCGGGCAAAUUGCAAUAUUCAAUAUACUUUAUUAUAAUAUUUAUAUUUAUCCAUUAUUAUUUUUAAUAUUUGAACGCGUAGAAUGUAUCCUAUUGUAAUUGUUAGUAAAACGGUACAAAGUUUUAAACAUUUCACUGAUAGAUAAGACGUAGUAUAUAUGACCUUUUCGGAUAACGUAUAAUAAUCGUUGUUGAAUAUUUUUUCGACGACGUUUUAUAAGUUUUAUCGUUUUAAACAAACCGUUAGACUUGGACUGAACGUAACAGAUAUUUAUUAACAAAUGUUGUUAUCUACAUAUACAAAAGUAAAGAAUACGUUUUAACGUCGUCCGUCGUAUAUUCCUGUAUUGUUUCGUUCGUAGAUACUGUAUAUUGCGGUUUAACGCAUCGGAUGGGUUUGAUUGCGAUUCUUUUAAAAAAUAUUUCAGUCGUCUAAUACCACUACUACUACUACUAUUAUUAUUAUUAUUAUUAUUAUUAUUAU